AUGGCAGGUGUUUUAUUUGAAGAUAUAUUUAAUGUAAAAGAUAUGGACCCUGAAGGGAAGAAAUUUGAUCGAGUCAGCCGGCUUCACUGUGAAUCUGAGUCGUUCAAGAUGGAUUUGAUUUUAGACAUUAAUUCGUGGAUAUAUCCAAUGGAACUUGGUGAUAAGUUUAGAUUGGUGCUUGCUACAACUUUAAGAGAAAAUGGUUACCCAGACGGUGGGGAAUGGAAUCCUCUUGAGACGGAAGGAAACCGAGCAGAUAGUUUCGAAUAUGUUAUGUAUGGGAAAGUUUAUAGGAUAGACGGUGAUGAAGCAGGCAUGGAACCAGCGACAAGAUUAUCAGCAUAUGUCUCAUUUGGCGGUCUUCUAAUGAGGUUACAAGGAGACGCAAAUAAUUUACAUGGUUUUGAAGUAGAUCAGCAUAUGUAUUUACUAAUGAAGAAAUUAGCUUUUUAA